GGUAUACUUAAUUCCACGCAAGAUAUGAUAAUACCUAUAUAUGGACCAAAUGGAGAAGUCGAUGAAUGGCUGUUGAUUGAGCUACAAGGUGAUAUUCUGUCCAAAACAAGUAAUUCUCUGGAGGGUAGAACAUUAGGUGAUCUACAUUUCUCACAACAGACUGGUGAUCCAGUUUUCCUUAUUGGUCAUCACGUCCUAUUUGGCAAAUUAAUUAACUUAGAGAAACCAAUGCUUAUCACAAAAAAAUGUGCUACCUCAGGGAAACUAAGUUAUGAAAUUGUUUCUGUCAUUCGCAGGAAAUUAUUGUUUAAAACGCGUCCCAAACCAAUUAUUUCAUCGGUUUCUAAAAAGGUUUAAGAAGCACAAUGAUAUAACCAGUUUAUGAAUGUGAUCCAUUAUUGUAAAUAUAUGCUUGUUUACCAACAGUUCUUUUUCAAUACCUAAUUCAUCGUCUGUUGAUCAGUACCACUCGAUUGUGAGAGAUAACAUAUUCAUCAAUAUUGUGUUCUAUAAGAAUAGUGGACGAGAUGAAGGGGCUAUCUGUUUUCGAUCAAACGUGCUUGUGCAACAUUGGACACCUGUGGUGAGAGCAAACAGUGGACAGUGUUAUAUAGUAGGCAUGUA